AUGAAUUACUAUGAUGAAGAGAUUGCCAUAAGCGGUGGUGAUAUAAAACCACCCAACAAUGUCAAGGUAGAACGCAUAUCUAGCAGAGGAAGCAAUAGUGACAAAGGAAAUUCAAUGGCCAGCGGAAGAUCAACCGCACAACAGGGAGGUAUCUCAAUGGUUAACAGGACUAGACAAAGGACAAUGAUUCAUGGCAAUUCUACGGACGAUGAUGGUUUGUUGCAAGGCAUCAUAGAUCAUGACGACGAGGAUGAUGAAGACGAAGAUAGUGAUCUACAUGUACCAAAUGCUCCAGCCAUACAACCCUUAGAUAAGCAGCAGCAACAUAAAUUAGCUAGGCACAAUGAUUUGCCACGUUCUCAUGGCCUUCCUGGAAGUUCGAGAAUUAUGAAUUUACCCUCAGCUAAAGCUUUAGAUAUUGAUACAGAACCCUCGGAAACAGAAUCCGAGGAGGGCAGCCAUCGUUUCAAGGGCGCUGCCAUGGGUCAUGCCCCAACCUCUGAGACUCAAAUUUCAAUAACACCUGACAAAUGGGAAAAUUUAUCUUUGGAUCGUGAAAUUAAGGAAUUAUUUCCUUAUAUUUUGAAAUACACACCACAAAAUAUAGAAACGCCUUAUCAUUUACAACCAUUUGUACCGGAGUACGUACCGGCUGUAGGAGAUGUCGAUGCCUUUCUUAAAGUUACCGAACCUCCGCUUUUAAAGCCUCAACGUUCCAAAGAAAUGCAAGAACAUCUCCACAAAUUGGGUUUAUACUUCCUAGAUGAGCCGUCAGGUACUCAAAGUGAACCGAGUCUGCUUAAUAUGAAACUACGCUCUGCAUUGACGGGUAGCAGCAAAAAUGCUCGCUCCACUUCUGCUCAAAUGGUGCCCUUUGCUAAAUCGAGCAAAGAUAUCGAUAAGUGGAUAAAUGAAGUUGAACAAGUUCAUAUGUCUCAAUCUGUUUACGAUGCCCAACCCCGCAAGGAUAUUGAAAACAUGAUAAUUGACUGGCCACGUUCGUAUGCAGAAGCCACAGGCGCCGCACAGGAAGCUUAUCAACAAUGUCUAACCGAACAACACACACUCGCCGACUAUGUACGUAUUCUGUGUCAACAAUUUGCCAUUGAGGGACCACUCGAGACGCAAGCGGACUACUUAUUAAGUGUACAAACAUUAUUCGCUUUGUAUUUGGCUGCCAAUCAGGCAUGGGAAUAAUGGUUGCAAAUGCUUCAUUUGGCUUUACCUUUGUUGGUAUUACAUUCAACUUCUACUACUGUU